UCUCUCUCUCUCUCUCUCUCUCUCUCUCUCUCUCUCUCUCUCUACCUCUAGCUUGAGCUCAACAUAGCACGGCCAUGGAGAAUUACCCCAUUCUCUUUGGGACGCAGCCCUCAUCUUCCACCUCCAAUUCAUACCACUUCGUGGCAGGAGCGAGCAGCCAUGACCAUCUCCAUCACCAUGGUCAAGCAGCUGGCAAUAACUCCAGCGGGGGCGGCGGCUUGAACCAAGGCCUCUUCCCGGGGGCCAAGCAGGAGGAGCCCUCCAACUCAAAGGAUGGUGGUGGUGAUGAUGGUGCGGGAAGUAGUUCACAGGGCGUCGGCGAGGCGGACGUCGUUGUCGGGAGGAAGAAAGGCGAGAAAAGGGAGCGGCGGCCUCGGUUCGCGUUCCAGACGCGCAGCCAGGUCGACAUCCUCGACGACGGCUACCGGUGGAGGAAGUACGGGCAGAAGGCCGUCAAGAACAACAACUUCCCCAGGAGCUACUACCGGUGCACGCACCAAGGAUGCAACGUGAAGAAGCAGGUGCAGCGGCUAUCGCGGGACGAAGGUGUGGUGGUAACGACAUACGAGGGCACCCACACGCACCCAAUUGAGAAGUCUAAUGACAACUUUGAGCACAUACUCACCCAGAUGCAGGUCUACUCAGGCAUCAACAACGUCUCCCAAACCUUUGGCAACCAACACAUGUUUCAAUGAACAUCACAUGCAUGGCUAAAUAAUGCCUAUGCACACUCGCAGAGAUUAUGUUGAUUUGUACAUUAACCCUAGACAUGUGAAAACGUAAAAGAGUAAUAAAGCGCGAUGUCAUAGCUAGAUAGAUGUUGGUUGCUCAUGCGAGUUUUUUUUUCAUUCCUUUGUUGAUGUUUUUUUCAAUUGUAGAUGAACUAUUAUGGGCUAACCGAUCAAUACAAACACAUAAACUAUUAGCACCUUGGGGGUACGUGUGCACUAGUGUUGUACAGCUCCUCAUCAUCCAUUUCAGAUCUAGUAAAAAGUUAUCCAUAUCAUAUCCACGAUGCAUAUAUGCAUGUGUUUGUUUUUAAUUUUUCACAUUAGUAUGACUUGUUUAAGUAGUACUUGUUUGGUUGUAUUCCUAUUUAGCAUUGAUCCAAAUAUUCCAAUCAAAAUUGAUGAAAUACAUAUGAGAAACAAUCUCUAUCGGAAUUAGUCCAUGCACAUAUAACCACAGGAGGACCCCUUUUUCGUGACAAAAAAUGCAAUAAUUGUACUGUGUGUAUAAUGUGAGUAUAGAGCAAAGUUGGGCUUGGUAUUAGCGGAGGGUUUGAUAUUUUUUGAACACAGUAGAGACGCAAGCGCUCAUAUAAACGUGCAUACACUCACCCCU